AUACAUAUAUGUCAAACAUUUUCAUAACGUUAAGAUCUCAUCGAAAAGCCUUUUGUACUCACUCCUACUAUCUUUUGGUCAUUCAUAAUCCAUGGCACCGACAUCUUCUGUGCUAGUCCAGCCGGUAGUCUCAGACCGAGCGGCAACACAGCCACCCAUAAUAACCAGUGCAAAAACCCUCGCCGAAUCUGCUACUCUCACUUCCCUCCCUUCCGAUUACUCUUUCACUGAAGAUCCAUACCAACCGGCCGAUCCUAAUGACCCUCAAUACACAGUUCCCACUAUUGAUUUCUCCCUCCUCACCUCUUCUUCUCCUGGCCACCGCUCCAAAAUUAUCCAAGACCUCCGCAAAGUUUGUCAGGAAUGGGGCUGCUUCACGGUGAUCAAUCAUGGAGUGCCGGAGAGCCUGAUGCAAGCCAUGGUUGAUGCUUAUUUCAAAUUUUUCAACCUCACCGAGGAAGAGAAGAGCAACAUUGAAACCAACCACGGUGCAGACCGAGCUCAGAUGAAGUACGGCACCAGUUACAAUGUCGGAUCCGAGAAAGUCCGUCUCUGGAGAGAUUUCAUCAAGAUGAGAGUUCAUCCUGAUUUUCACACUCUCAAUAAGCCCGAAGGCUUCAGCGAGGUUGCGAUGGAGUACAGCAAGAAAACCAGAGAAGUAGCAGCAGAGCUGAUAAAAGCCAUAUCAGAGAGCUUGGGAUUAGACGAAAACUAUAUUCACAAGGCUUUGAAUUUGGAUCGAGGGGUACAGUUCUUGCUGACCAACUACUAUCCACCAUGCCCACAACCUGAACUCGCAAUGGGUCUCUCACAUCAUACAGAUCAGUGCCUUAUAACCAUUCUUGCAGAUAAUGACGUCAGUGGUCUUCAAGUAGAACAUAAUGGCAAAUGGGUCUCUGUUACUUCUGUUCCCAAAGCUUUCUUCGUCAUCCUUGCUGACCAGAUGCAGAUUCUGACAAACGGAAAGUACAAGAGUGUGAUGCAUCAAGCAAGAGUGAACAAAGAAGAAGAAAGGAUAUCCAUAGCCUCAUUGCAUGGACCUUCUUUUGAUACGCUUGUUUCCCCGUCGCCGGAGCUGAUCGAAAGAGAAGGCGGAGCUCCGAUAUACAGAGCCAUUAAUUAUAGAGAGUACGUGGAUCUUCAGCAACGCUGCAGGAUGAAUCUCAAGGCCGCUUUGGACGAGAUUCGAAUCUAAUUAUGUAAACGUGUCAGUUUUUCAUUUGUUUAAUUAAAACUGUGGGGUUUUAUAUAUAAUUGUAUUAUUAGGUUUAUGUGUUUUGACUUUUGACCAUAAUAAGCACUCUGUGAUUGAAGCAGCAGAAUUGUUGUAAUCGGCUGCUUUCGGUUUCCUUUUCCUUUUAGUUUGUGAUGUUUAAAUAAGAUUGUUUUUUUAUUGAUUUGGUGAA